UAACCGCGUCUUAAGAAACAGAGGUAGAAACGUGCUCUGAAAAGAUAAGUGAUGCAUCUAACUUCAGCAAAGCCUCCUUCUGGUGUAUCUGAAGAUGCUGCAAUGGCUUGUUUAUGUUGGCGUAUGUUCCAAAUCAUUCGCACUUUGUUUUGAGAGCCAAACAUGUGGCCCACAUUAUUUUGGGUUGCAAACCACAGGCACCCAUAAAUGCUCAAAAGAAGCUAAAUGGGCAGAGAACAAUGAGUUCUUUAAUGGAUCUAGACACCCCUCCUCUUAAAUCCAAGACUUCAAAGUCAGUUUCAGCUGUCCUGGAUUGUCCCUUGCUUGUAAAGAGCCUGACCUUUUCUGCUUGUUUGUUACAUUCUCAAGAUGAAGCCCCCGGUGUUUACAGCAGUGCUGGUAGUACUGGUGCAGGUUUCUCAUGGUUUCCCUGCCUUGUACCAUCGAGGCUGGUGGAGGCUCUUAAGGGAAGGAGAUGAUUGCGGAAAAUGUGAGUUGGCACUUUGCUCUGAGCCUAAAGACUGUCCAGCCGGGACUGUAUUGGACCGUUGUGGCUGCUGCCCUGAAUGUGGAAACGUGGAAGGUCAGAUCUGUGACUUGGACCAGCGUAAUCAUUUUUAUGGGCAAUGCGGGGACAACCUCGAGUGCAGGUUGGAUGCUGAUGAAGCCAGGUUUGGGGAAGUCCCUGAACCUCAGUGUGUGUGCAAGUCUCAAGAGAGCAUCUGCGGACCUGAAGGGAAAACCUAUGAGAAUAUCUGUCAAUUCAACAAGGCUUAUGCAACUAAGAGGAAUAUCAGCAUGAAACAUAAAGGACCCUGUGAAUCAGCUCCUGUGAUUUCUGUGCCACCCCAGGAUGUCCAGAAUUUCACAGGCAAUGAUGUCAUUUUUGGCUGCGAGGUGUCAGCCUAUCCUAUGCCACACCUUGAAUGGAAAAAAAAGGGGAAUAAAAUGUUUCUGCCAGGAGAUGAUGCCCAUAUCUCAGUACAGGCAAGAGGUGGACCUCAGAAGUAUGGCGUGACAGGCUGGCUGCAGAUUCAAGGCCUCAGAAAAUCAGAUGAAGGCGUCUACAUCUGCCAUACCAAAAAUAAGUAUGGUGCAACAUAUGCCUCUGCAAGAUUGAAAGUCAUUGAUGGUUCACCUUCGGCAUUUGCAUUUACUGCUGGUAGUAGAAGUGCAAGCUAUGACACUGACUACUACGGGGACUACUAUGACCAUUCAGAUGAUGAGGAUGAAGAAGAAUAUGAAUCUGGGGACUAUGAAAAUUGAAACUACUCUGAAUAAUAAUUUUUAUACAUAUAUUGUCCAAUACUUUUCACAAUGUUAUAUUUACUAGUGUUCUCUGUGCUGGCAAUGGCUCCCCUGAUAACACACACACUCACUCGUGUAUCCCACCUGCCUGGAGUUCAGCUUUGGCUGAAGUGUAUCAUGUUACUUACUAGAAAUAAGACCAGUUGUAAGUUCAUACAUUUAAACUGUUCAAUAAAAUUCUCAAAUGUGUACUUGCCUAUUGAGUAUCCUGAAAGGAUCAAAAUUUGUAUUAUUUUUAAAUGUCUAUCAUUCUACAAUUUCUUUAAAUCAUUCUAAUUUGUCUACCAAAAAUGUCAUUAAACAAAAUUUUCACUAUUUAUCAAUUUCUAUUUUUUUAAUGUACUGAGAAAUAUCAAGAGGCUGUUCACAUGGCAACAAGCCUAGGUCUGAAGAUUGAAAAGAGUCUUUAAUCUUCUUAGUUCUUAUUUUCUCGUAAGUUUCAGCAAGAUUUUUCUUCUCAUUUGAAGUUUUCCUUAUUUAGUCUCACCAUGGGUGAGACUUAUCUUUUGGGGGGCUAUUUUGUUUACCUUUAAUAGAAACUUGAAUCACAAUCUUAAGCAAGUGAAUGCUGUUUUACUUGCAGUACCCAGAAAAGAUUUCUUGUGCAUCCAAGCAGACGAGCACACCCUUUGACUUCUUUUUAUAACAGUUCUUGAGCUACUCCUACCAGCAUCAGCUCCCUCCCACUGGCCUAGGCAACAGUUCAAGAUUUGGGUUUGCUAUUUAUGUUCUGAAGAGGGGGGAAUGACUGCAGUUUAUGGAAGAUGGCUGUUCCAGAGCUCGGUGUAUACCUUUCAAACUACUACAUAACUGAAAAGAUUAGUAAGCUAUAAUUAGGAAUAUGAAUGACUACAGAUUCAACUACUGAUUUUGCUGCUUUGGGCUCUUUCUGGUCUUCUUAGUGUUACGUAUAAUAAGGUUUUUUUGUUUGUUCACUAUCUGUUUGAACAUAAAAUUGUCUGAUAGGAAUCAGUCUAUUUUUAAGUGGGUAUUUUUUGUUAUAACUAUUUAAUCUGCAGUCAUACAUUCAAGAUCAAUUGCAACCUGUGUUGCAAAUGAAUGAACUGGAUUACUAAACCACUCACUAAAUUGUGGCAAUGUUUAUUGGCAUAGACUUGAACAUGGCACAGAAAAUAAUCUCGAAAUCAUUAGUCAUAGAAAUAAAUUAGAAUUCUUCAGGGCCUUCUGCAAUUGCUAAUGUAAUGUGAAACAAACAAACAAACAAACAAACAAUAGUUGAAUGAGAAAAUGUGUAUCAAAACUGUAUCAAAUACUAGACUACGACUGUUUGGCCUGAUGAACUAUGUGUAUUUAAAAAAAAAAACAACAAAAAAAAAAACACUAACAUUUACAG